AACUGCGAUAAAAAUUCAAAUACCUGUUACAUAUCAAAAUGGAUUUCUUAUUUGUUUGUAUUAUUUGUGCGGUAAUAAUUAAUGAUGCCCUGUCUUCAACAUAUAAAUAUCGAACAUAUUAUAUGGAGGAUUUCUGUAAGUACCAAAUUACAAUCAAAGACCCAGUAAUACUCUCACUGACUAAGACAUUAUUUUAUGACCAUGGAUACAGAUGUUCCAUCCGACUAAAAGUUCCCCAAGAUCACGUGGUAUCUAUACAGUUUACUAGAUUUGAUAUUGGUCAUCCCCAUAUGGUAUACUGUGACGACAGUUUACAUGUAUUUGAUGGAGAAGACGAAGAAACAGAUGAAAUAACUGUAUCAAAGGGUCUUUGCGGAGUUACUAUUCCUCGACCAAUUGUAUCUUCAGGACAAGAUGUUACAAUAAAGUUUAAAAGUCGGUAUAUGAGUAUUGGGACUGGAUUCCAGGCAGUAAUAACACCUAUGCAAGCUGAUGAGAUGAUCAAAUGUGACAAAUCGUUAUUCCAAUGUGGAGAUGGUUACUGUAUUAAUAACACGUUUGUGUGUGAUGGGUACUAUAAUUGUAUGAAUGAAAGAGAUGAAUCAGCUAAGUUUGCUCACUGUCCAGGUGUUAAAGCAGUAUGGACCGAUUUCUCUCUGUUCAUGAAGAUUUCAUUUGGAGUUUUACUAGCACUGAGUGUACUGUCGAUUGCUGGUCUGGUCAUAUAUUUUACUAAUCGAAAAGAACAAAAACGAUUAAAACUAAAACUGAAUCACAAGAAUUAGCUUCAACAGAAAUCAUAUGAAUUUGUGUAUGUCCGUUACAUGUUUGUUGGUUUAGGAACUCGAUAUCUUCCAGCGGACAUUCCUGCUCCUCCCAUAUAGUAGAAAGAGAUAAAAGAAGGCUUGUAUUUACUACAAGAAUAAAAUAAUGAAAGAGGAAUGCUUAAUUACAUAACAUCACGGAAAUAUAUUUUUUGAAGAA